CCCCCCCCCCCCCCCCCCCCCGGAAGAAAAGGAAGGGUGGCUGUGCGCGCUGGCCAGCUGCCUGCCUACCUGCCCAGCCAGCCGCGUCGCCACCGCCUCUCUUCCUCCACCGCCGUCGCCGCUUCGGUCGCCCUCUGCGGUCGCGAGGGCGGCAGGCUCCGCCGGGGGCCUCUGCCAUCUCUCAAAGGCCACCUACUCAUCAUGGAAUUUGAAUGCACUCUUUAACGAUUGCUGAUUGAGGAGAACGACUGCAGGAACCUGCUUUUAGGAGCCUAAAAUUUUUGAAUUCAAAAGGAAGAACAUUCAUCUGACACCAGCACCGUCUCAGCUUCUGGAAGACCUUAAUGUCCAAAGCUUUGGAAAAGAGUUCACCUGAUGGCACCACACCUACAAGUUCAGCUUCACCUCCAGAGUCAAAAAAGCAUGAGAAGACCGUGCCAAAUUAUCUCAGAGCUUCUAGAGGCUCAUGCCAUGAUUUUUGCAAGUAUGGACACAAAAAUCCUUCUGAAGAGGAGCCGAAUUUAUCAGGAGGAAGAAAGAAACUCCCUGCUCAUCUGAAAAUUUUGUCGUUGCACAGAUCAGCUAUCUUGGAUAGGUCCAAGGAUGUCAGAAACACGAGUCUUUCACGAACCAAGUCGAGUAUAUCUCUGGGUGAAGCUGUACGGGAUGCACCCAGAAUAGCAUCAGCAAACCGAAAAGGUGUUGCAUCCAAUGAACAUAUGGUUCCUCUGACAGCUACAGCAGCUGAAAAUAAAACUUUGAACUCUGAUGGAAGAAAGAAGUAUUCAACUCUGGUCCCAACAAAUUUGAGGUACUCAGAUGGACUUAAAAAAAAUGAUAAAAGGGGCACAAUGCCAGCCAAGGGGGCCAUAUUUCCUGCCAAGUCAAAGUUUCCAGAGAAGGCCUCACUUGAGAAAUCUAUUACUGUGGGCAAAGUCACAACAGUUAAUCAACCAAGGCAUAAGAAGCCAGGCUCAUAUCCCAGUAAACUUAACAUGAUUAAACAAGUGCCUGUUCCAUCUCAGUCUUCUAGUCAUUAUCUACUUUCAAAAGAUAAAAGUACUACGAAGGGAAAGGUUGCAUCUCCAGCAGCAACUAUUACUAGAGGGCGUGCAAAACCUGAACAGAGUGCUACCAGAUCAAGUGAUGCAAUUAUAAAAGGGAAGCAAGGCGUAAAUAUGUCUGGGUCAUCCUUAUCUGUGGAGCCCAAGCUAAUUGCUUCUGUUGAAAAACCAAAGGAUGAUAUGCAAAUUAGGAGCUAUUCUAUUGAGUCAACAGUAGCAGAACUGUCUCCAGAUGCCACAGAAAACGGAGUCAAUUCUCAACCAGCAUCAGAAGAAACAAGUAAAUCCAUUUCGGAUAAUGAUGGUGUAGGAAGCACUGAAAAAAGUGAAUCAAUAGCAGGCGAAGCCCACCUGGAAAGUGCCAUCACUCUUGAGCUGCAACAAUCAUUAGAUGGCCAGGAAUUCAAUGCUAUGCUAGGUGAAUCUGAUCUAGAACAUAAACUAGCAGAACAGAAUAUCAUUCAUAGUCAAGCUUCAAAGGAUGAAGAUAGGCAAGCUGAUGAUGUAGCUCUUUGCCAAUUAUCAGAACAUAUAAUAGUUGUCGAAAAUGCAGAUGUGUAUGACUCUGUAUUAAUUGAAAGUAAUUCAAAAAUUGAGGAUGAUCAAGUUGAAGUUAAUGCGCCUGUGGAGUCUCUAAUAUCUGAAGGUAAGGACAAAGUGGCAGUUAGCGAAGAUUUCGGAACAUCCCCAGAACUACUGGCGAUUGAUGAAAAACAUGCGGAGGAGCCUGAUUCUUGUCUUGACUUUGCUUCUGGAAAUGCACAAGAGAAUGCCAAGGCUGAUGAAGUUUUUGAUGCUAGGGUGAAUAACAAUACUUCUCACUGCCAAUCAAUUUCAGAAACAUCAUCAGAUGGUGAAGUUCUGGAGGAGCCUAAGUCUAUGCUAAUUGAACCAAGUGAUUCUGCUAUUGGUGAGUUAGCAAGCGUGAAUGAUGAAAAUACCUUUGAAGGGGAUGGACUGAAAUCAGAGGUUUUUAUUUCACAGUCACCAGAAGAACUAUCAAAUGAUGAAUUUUUUGAAGAAUAUGAUUUUGAAUCAAGUGAAUCAGAUGAAUCUGGUACAGAAGAUGAAGAGGCAACAAUCAACAUAGAUAGGGGUGAAUCAUUAAAAUCUGGUGACCCAAGACAAAGAAGAAUCUCCACUGUUGAACUGGAUGAUGCUAGUCUUACACCUUAUAAAAUGAAGUUUAAGAGGGGCAAAAUUGUAGAACUCCCACCAGAUAGCAGUGGCCCAAGGAGAUUGAAAUUUAGAAGAAAGUCUGCAAAUGAAGUCUCGAAUCGUGAAACCCAACAAACAAGAAGGAUUUACAAGAGGAAUAGCACAAGUAAUGUUGUUCCUACUAACCCAGAUAUGGAAUCUCCCGGUGUGAAACUGCGGCAUCAAGAUGCACAGGAGAAGAAAGAUGCACAAGGAUUGUUCAAUAAUGUAAUCGAAGAGACUGCAAGUAAGCUAGUGGAGUCUAGGAAAAGCAAGGUAAAGGCUUUAGUCGGUGCUUUUGAAACAGUCAUUUCUCUCCAGGAUGGCAAACCCACAUCAUCCGCACAACAAGCUGGUAGUUCCCAAGAUUUAUUUCCUAAUGAUGAGGAUAAUGCACCUGAGGAAGCUGAAUAGAAUAUGUAUGUCUUUCAAAGGUUGCCAUGUUUGCGUUUGACUUUCGUGCUCCUUUUCUUUUAUGGGCUCCAGAAUUGAGCCUGAUAGAGAGGAUUAUGUAUUAGUUUGUACAGCAGAUUUAUCCUGUAGAACAAGAGUUGCUAAAAAGGUUUACAGAUAGUAUAUAGUUAUUUGGUUCCAUGGAAUGAGUGUUUUAAGUUUACUUAAUUGUAAAUCAAUCAAACACUGUAAAAUCAAGUGUGCUUUUGUUUGGCUUGGA